AUGGAGAUCAAAGUUGAGAUCUUAUCAAGAGAAGUAAUUAAACCAUCUUAUCCCACUCCAAAUGAUAUGAGAAUCCUCAAUCUCUCUCUUCUUGACAUCCUCAGUUCGCCCCUGUACACAGGGGCACUUCUCUUUUACGCAGCGGAUCUUCAGAAUCUUAUCCGUUCUUCAUCAGAGGAAACAUCCUUGAAGCUGAAGAAAUCUCUGUCUACAACAUUACCAAUCUUCUACCCUCUUGCCGGAAGAAUCAUGGGAAGUUUCAUAGAAUGUAAUGAUGAAGGAGCUGUGUUUAUAGAAGCUCGAGUGGACCAUCUUCUCUCGGAGUUUCUCAAGUGCUCUGUUCCUGAUUCAUUGAAACCACUUGUUCCUUUUGAAGCUAAGUCCAGAGAAGCAGUGAUAUGGCCUGUGUUGCUAAUCCAGGCCAAUUUCUUCAGCUGUGGAGGAUUGGUUAUCACAAUCUGCAUUUCUCAUAAGAUCACUGAUGCAACAUCUUUGGCAAUGUUCAUCAGAGGAUGGGCUGAGUCCUCAAGAGGUUUGGGGAUUACUUUGAUUCCUAGUUUCACCGCUUCGGAUUUUUUUCCUAUACCUCCUCCUGAUGAGUUUCCCUUAAAACCGAUUGAACAUAAAGUCCAGGUUGAAGAGAUGAUGAAUUGCGUAACAAAGAGGUUUGUGUUGGAUGCAUCAAAGAUGAAGAAACUCAGAGCCAAAGCUUCAAGCAAUCUUGUCAAGAAUCCAACCAGUGUUGAAGCCGUUACAGCUCUUUUGUGGAGAUGUGCUACUAAGGCUUCUAGAGUGAGUUCUCGAGAACCAAGAACUUCUGUGCUGCAGAUACUGGUGAGCUUACGAGGAAAGGUAGAUACUUUGUCCGAGAACACAAUUGGUAACAUGCUUUCCAUAAUGAUUCUAAAGAACGAAGAAGCUAAGAUAGAAGGAAUCCAACAUGUUGUUGAUGAGUUUAGGCGGGCAAAGGAAAACUUUGGCUUGAGCUGCAAGGAAAUGUCGAAACCCUCAUCUAGAAUUCUUGAAGUUUGGGAAGAGAUUCGGAAAGUAUAUGGAAUGGGUAAUGAGGUGGACUUGUGGAUGAGUAAUAGCUGGUGUAAGCUCGACUUGUACGAGGCUGAUUUCGGAUGGGGAAAUCCGGUUUGGGUAACCGGAAGAGGAACUUCCAAUAUCAACAACUUGAUGUUGUUGAUUGAUGCCAAAGAUGGAGUCGGAAUCGAAGCAUGGGUCACUCUUACCAAAGAACACAUGUCGCUGUUCGAAUGUGAUGAUGAGCUUCUUGAAUCAGCUUCUCUCAAUCCCCCUGUUUUGAUCUAG